GUGCCAUAGAUGUAGUACGGUACGAGAUACGAGAUACAGCAAGUUCCAAACCAAAAACUGUAUCCUGCUGGGUGUCGGAUUCUCAUAAAACAAAUCUUGCGACUCACGGUUGGAGGCUGUCGCAACAACGUCUCGUCACGUCACGUCACAUCACCUUCUGCUCUUGUCCAGUCUGCAAACAAAGGAACCGAACGAUCGCCGUCACGGAAAGGAAACGCUCGCGUAUCUUACCGUACUUCUUGCAACCAUCACACACGACACUCCCUACUCGAUCCGCAAACGGAAGAGGACAAGGACCAACGGGCAGCAAUCCCAUCUCGAAGAGCAUACCCCAAGAGACCGCAACUCAGGUGAAUCGGUCCAACGCGACUCGAAUCGGCUCGAAUCAACCCAACCCAACCCGACCCGACACCGGUUCGAUGACCAUCUCUGCACGGCUGCUGUCUUUCGUUUUGGCCGCCCUCGCGGCCCCACAAGGAUCUUUGGCCUUUUCCCCGCAACGGCCGAUGCACGUCUUUGCCGAGGCAUCGGGCCGCCCCCUCCCGAACGAAAGCCUCGCUCCGAAGGCGCUCCCUGCCGACGACGACCCCGGGGCAAGAGUCCUCUCGGCCGAAACGGGGGAAGCCCCCUCCCUUCCAGCGUCCACCCGGGCCCACGCGCUGGAGGUCUUUGGGCGCUUUGCGAGCCGGGAACACGGGGGCCAGAAGUUCGUCGCGGACGACGGGGCCCUCUACCACAUCCUCCGGGGCCUCGACAUCGAGGCCAGCGAGGAGGACGCGGCCAUCGUCUUCCGCUACCUCGACUCGGACGGGGACGGCCGCCUCGAGUUCGAGGACGAGUUUCUCCCCUGGUACCUGGAGGCCGUCGGCGCCGCCACCGGCGUCUCGGCGGGCUUUCGGAGCCUCCUGGUCGGGAGGCGGACCGUCGAGGCCUUUGACGAAACCCCCGUCGACGACGCCGUCCUGGAGCGGGCCGUCCAGUGCGCGAUCGCGGCCCCCAACCGGUCCGGCUCCGAGCCGUGGAGGUUCCGCAAGGUCGGGAGGGAGACCGUCCGGAAGCUGGCGGCCCUCCACAAAGCCAGGGACGGCAGCAGCGAAAGCACCGGCUAUACCGACUGGGAAAGCGUGGCGCCGGGAUGGUGCGUCGUCACGAGGACGGUGUCGGCGGCUUGCGGCGAAAAAGACGGACACGAAACCGAGAGUGGUGGCCUCCGGUCCGAGGCACAGCAGGACUUCAAGUCCGUCUGCUGCUCCAUACAGAACUUUAUGCUCAGCAUGUGGAGCGAGGGCAUCGGGACCAAGUGGACGACGGGCCCUCUGCAAACCACGACCGAGUUCGCAACGAUCUGCGGGAUCGACACGGAACUGGAAGCCGUGGUGGGGAUCAUCUGGUACGGUUACGCGACCGGGGGAACCAGGUACGCCGAUCCGAAGCGACGAAAACUCGGGGUGGGCGACGUUCUCGGAUACCUGCCGUGAAAGGAAGGAAAGGAAAGGAAAGGAAAGGAACCGAAAAGGAACCAAGCCGCAACMAGCGCCACAACGUAACCACAACGUUGCUAUCCACUACGACGAAAACGCAGAGCACCAAUCUCAUAUAAACACAAUGAUAAAUU